AUGACGGCCACCACCACGCACAAGGUGGCCAGCACCAAGGAGGAGAGGAAGUUAAGGAAACCCCUCAUUGAGCGGAAGCGAAGGGAAAGGAUUAACAACUGCUUAGACCAGCUGAAGGAGACUGUUGUGGGUGCAUUUCACCUGGAUCAGUCUAAGCUGGAAAAGGCAGACAUCCUGGAAAUGACAGUAAAGCACCUCCAGAACAUCCAGAGCAGCAAGAUGAUGGCCGACUCCAAGGUGGGCCUGGAGGCCCAGCAGAGGUACAGCACCGGCUACAUCCAGUGCAUGCACGAGGUGCACAACCUGCUGCUCACCUGCGAGUGGAUGGACAAGACCCUCGGGGCGCGCCUCCUCAACCACCUGCUCAAAUCCCUGCCCAGGUCGGGCGAAGACACCUGCAGAGCAGCUCUGAGGUCUCUGAGCCCGGCCCAGCAGCCUCUCCUGGGGCAGAAAAGCCCCCUGAGCCCCAAGGGCAGCGCUCGAGGCACAAACCCGUCCCAGGAGCGCCUCUACCCUGCGGACAGCAAGCAAGCUUCCAAAAAUUCCUUCCAGCUGCCCGCGCUGUCAGUCUUCAACCAGGUUGAUGCUGCACCUCCCAAACAGGUUCUGCAGCCAAAUCUUUCCCAUAACAACCCCAGAAUGGGGUCAUUAGAUAUGUGGAGACCGUGGUAA